UCUUUACUAUCAUAACUCAUGUUCUGCUUUGCAUAAACAUGGCUACAGAAGAGCUCGCGCGCUGUGAAACAGAUGAUGACCUGCUGCAGCAACAUUGUGUCCACAUGAUCAGUGAGUCUCAGAAGCUGGUUUAAACUUCUGUUUGAUGCCAUAUAGUAGAAGAGCAUGGCUGAUAAAGAGGAGCUAGGGAUCAGGCUGAAGAAGCUGCUGGUGAGGUUGAACCUUCAAGAGGGGAAGCAGAUGGGCACCAUGGUCCAGAUUAUGCAAGACCUCCUGUUCCUGUCCCAUACGGAUCACUGUGUUGAGCUGUUUGCCGAUCAAAACGUCCAUAUGCCUCUGAUGCUGGUGUUGUCAUCACAUUUCAACAACAAAGUCCAACAGGUAGGCUGGUCUCUGCUGUGUCGUCUGAUGGAGAUCUGUCCCACCACUCUGGACAGUCUGGCCAACCCGGAUGAAUAUGAGUUUACUGAGGUGCACAAGCAGAUUCUUAAGGUGCUUUCAAUGUAUCGUAAAGAUUCCAAGAUGAUGAUGGUGGGCCUGAGAACUCUGGCUCUCCUACUGAAGUCAGAUGUGAUUGUGGUGCAGGUUCUGGACGAGGAAGAGGUGGACGUGUUUUUCUUGGUUCUGGAAGCCAUGAGGUCAUUUCAUGACAAAGAAGAGGUUCAGCUACAGGGCUGUGCUGCUUUACAACUACUUCUGCAAACAGUUUCUGAUGCUCAUCUGGUGGAGUUCAAUGAGAACAAGGACCAUGAGGUGGUGUUGGAUGCGCUCAGGCGGUUCAUGGACAGUGAGAAUGUGGUACUGCAAGCUCUGAGGGUCCUCAUACCGCUGGCUGCUCCAGCCAGCAAUAUUGAGAUUCUGAUGUCCAAACCCAUUAAAUGCUACAGUCUGCUGUGUCAGGCCAUGGACAUGUGGCUCGACUCGGAGGCCAUACAGGAGGCUGGAUGCUGUCUGUUACGGAAAUUUACUUCAGAGAGUUACUAUAAUAUACUGGUGCUGAAUGGUGUCCAUAAGGUGGUGGUGAAAGCAUGUGUCGCUUAUCCUAAGAAUGCCACAGUGCAGACCACUGGCCUUUCCUGCCUGAGCGCGCUCGCGGAGUGUAUUGUACAGAAUGAAGGGCUGGACAGAGAGUGCAACGAGGAGGACGAGGCGAAACAGAAAGUUCUGGUAAAGAAAGAAGCCACCCAAGAGGAGGAAAUGCUUAUCUGGAGAGAGGCCUGUUAUACCGCUUUAGAGAGACAUGCUGACAAUGCCGCAGUGCAGGAAGCUGCAUGUUGGGCUUUAAACAGCUUGCUGCUUCAUUACAACUCCUUCAACCAUGUGGAACUGGAAGGAAGGCCUCCCCUUCAUUCUCUCAUCAUGGCUGCCAUGCUUUUUCAUUCAUCCAGUGCGGAGGUUUUCCAAGCUGCUUCCUGUACACUACACACACUAAUACAGUGCCACAGUAGGAUGAGGGCUCUGCUGCUUUCACAUGGCAUUCAUGUCAACAUUGUGCAUCUGAUGCAGAAACACGCAAACUCCAGCGCUGUGUGUGAAAGUGCCUGCAGACUGCUUUACACACUCUUCCAGGGAGCGAGGGCCAGUCUAGAUGACGGGACCCUGAUGCUCGGUCAAAUCCUGACUGCUCUGAAGACACAUAACUUCAUUCCUGAAGUUCAGCUGGAGGGUCUCAGAGCGAGUCUAGUUCUUCUCAGCCCAGACAGGAGUUUAAGAGAGCAUGGCUCCUCGGUGGCGGAUCCUGACACGGUGGCUGUUUCUCUGCGGGUGCUGAAGAACCAGUGUGUACUAGAGGGAGCUCACACUGUCUAUCUAGAGGCACUUAAUAGGUUUAUCAGUAGUGAGGAGAUUCAGGAGUGUGGACUUGGUGUGCUCUCAGCGCUAGCUGACAGUUCUGGAGCGGUUGACCUCAUGUGCCAGCAGGGGGCGAUAGAUACGGUUCUUCAUACGCUGCAGAUGUUUCCACAGGAACGUGAAAUUCACUACUGGGGUCUUAGUCUUCUGUUUCACCUCAUCUCUAAGAAGAAGCUCUCUCGUAUGAUGGUGCCUGUACUGGCCUCAGUUUUGGUCAGCUCUGUACGGCAACACAAAGAGGACACAGUCAUGCUUCUAAAGGGUCUUCAGGCGGCGUGGAAGUUGUUGGACACCUGCUCGAGUGCCGCAGCGUGGCUGCAGAAAGAAGCCUUCGAGAAAGACAUCUUCCAGAUCCUGCGGGAAAAGACGGCAGACCAGCGCCGAGAUCCACUGCAGGGAAUGAGUUGCCUGUGCCUGUCUAAGAUGGUGGCGGACAGUGAGAUCCUGUACACGCUGCUGGAGAGAGCGUGUGAGGACGGUGAUGUGGACAUGGCAGAAUGUUUCAUCCAUCUGGGUGCUGACAUCAACAAGAAAACAAAGAGCGAUUCACUUAUAUAUCAGGUUUGUGAUCGAGGGGCUCCUCUGGCUCUGCUGGAGCUGCUGGUUUCUGCAGGAGUUCAUGAGCAGCAGUUACGUGGAGCUCUGAGCGUAUGUGUCAGGAGGGGCGAUGACCCUGCCAUCACCCUCCUGCUCGGCCGUCUGGGGCUGGACCACGCCAACAACGCCCUGUGCCUCGGGAGCUUCCGCCUCAGACAAAUGAAAGCGUCGUGGCUCAGCGCUCUGCUCUCUGAACGCAAAACUCAGUCUCCAGUCACCAAGAAGAACAGUAAAGGUCAGCGUUUGGCCAGACAGUUCUUGUCACUCCAGAGGAACAAAGGGUUUGUGGGAGUUGGUAGAUUACGGAGUGAUGCCAGCACAUCAGAAUAUUUCACAGAUGAGGAAAGUGACGAAUCACACAUUUCCUUAGAUGAAAGCUUGGUCUUCAUGUUUCAUAACAUGGAGAGUGAUGGGCAGGGUUUCAUGGAAAGCUCCACUCCUGGCGCUUUCCCUCUGGCCAUAGACAAAGAGCCCAUCCGUCUGCUCGACCUCUCAGGGAAUGAGCUGGGCAGUCUGUCUUGUUUGAUGGGUGCGAGCGCUCUCAAACAGCAGAUUGAAAGCCUUCUUCGGCUUGAUUUGAGCGGCAACAGUCUAUCAGAGCUUCCCAGUGUUCUCUGUCAGCAUUUAAGAGGUCUUACCCGUCUAGAUCUUCAAGGUAACCAACUACAGUCACUUCCUGUGGAGCUCCUGGGUUUACCUGCACUGAGCACGCUCAAUGUUUCUCGCAACUGCAUUGGUCCUCUUCUGCUGCUGGACCCAACUGUGUGCAGUCCAGCCUUACGCCAGCUCAACUUGUCCUUCAACCAGAUCACCGUCUUCCCCUUCCAGCUGGGGCAGGCCAUGGACAGACUAGAGGAGCUCUCGCUGGAGGGCAAUCAGAUAUCAGCCCUGUCUCUUCCGCUCCGCCUGGCUGAAUUGAAAGUUUUAGACAUCAGUAAGAAUCAAGUUAAAAUAAUUUCAGACAACUUCCUCACUGAAUGUCUCAAGUUGGAAACUUUCAUCGCUUCAGUUAACCAAAUCAGUUCAUUGUCACACCUUCCUUCAAAAAUAACCACUGUUAAACUAUCACAGAACAAUUUCACAAGUGUUCCUGAAAUAAUCAUCAGCUUGCCAAAUUUGCGUUCGGUGGACAUGAGGAAUAACAGUAUUAGUGUUCUGCCGGGACCGGCUUUGUGGGUCAGUGUAAACCUAAGAGAGCUGAUGUUCAGUCAUAAUCACAUCUCUGUGCUCGACCUGAGUGGCCCGGUGUACAAGUGGGCCAGACUGGAAAAACUUCAUUUGAGCUCCAACAAACUCACUGAGAUCCCUCCUCAGAUUGGUAUGUUGGAGGACCUGACGUCUCUAGAUUUCAGUCAGAAUGAAGGUUUGCGCUCUUUACCUGAUGAGAUGGGGAAGUUGGUUCAUUUAUGGGAUCUACCUCUAGAUGGUCUGCAGCUCCAGAUGGACCUCAAACACAUUGGGAACAAAACCAAAGACAUCAUCAGGUUCUUGCAGCAGCGUCUGAAGAAAGCUGUGCCGUAUUACCGCAUGAAACUCAUUGUGGUCGGCAGCCCAUGUAGCGGGAAAAGUUCUUUGAUUCAUCAGCUGAUGAAGCUGAAACGCUGUCAGUGGCGAUCUGAUCAGCACACCGUCGGCGUCAGCGUCAGAGACUGGGCCAUCAGAAACAAAGACAAGAGGAACAUGCUGCUGAAUGUUUGGGAGUUCUCGGGUGGUGAAGAGUGCAGUGGAUUUCACCCUCACUUUAUGAGCUCCAGGGCGCUCUAUCUAGUGCUGUAUGACCUGAGUAAAGGACCCAGUGAGAUAGAUGCCAUCAAACCCUGGCUCUUUAACAUUAAAGCUGUAGCUGGACAGUCUCCUGUGAUUGUGGUUGGAACUCAUGCAGAUGUGUGUGAAGAGCACCACCAACAGGAGUGUGUUCGGAAGCUGCGAGAGGAGCUGCUGUCUCAACCGUGCUUUCCAGUGAUCAAAGAGAACCACAUACUAUGUGCCUGUGAGGAGUCGGAGUCUAUCAGCAGGUUACGCAAAGCCAUGUAUAGAGAGCUGAUUGGGUUCAAGAUCCAGGGUCAGCCGGUAAUGGGGCAGCUGAUUCCAGACUGUUAUGUGGAGUUGGAGAGGAGAGUUUUACAGGAGAGGUCACAUGUACCCACUGAUUUCCCAGUGCUCAGACACAGCAGACUGCUGGAGAUCAUACAGGAAACACAGCUGCAGUUAGAGGAGGGAGAGUUACCCCACGCUAUCCACUUCCUCAGCGAGGCUGGUGUCCUGCUGCACUUUGAUGAUCCAGUGCUUCAGCUAAAGGAUUUGUACUUCAUUGACCCACAAUGGCUUUCAAACAUCAUCUCACAGACGCUCACUCUGAGGAGCACUGGUCAGUGGGACAGCACUAGAGGAGUGGUGCAGCGAACCACUGUAGAAAAGUUUCUGAACAAAAGUCGCUGUUUCCCAAAGGAUCAUCUGACUCAGUACUUCAAACUAUUGGAAAAGUUUCAAAUAGCUCUUCCCUUCAGAGAUGACCAGUUACUUAUACCUAGCAGCCUGUCAGAUCAAAGGCCGGUGAUUGAGCUUCCUCACUGUGAGAAUUCAGAGGUGAUUGUUCGGCUUUAUGAGAUGCCAUACUUCCCCAUGGGCUACUGGUCCAGACAGAUCAGCCGUCUGCUGGAAGUGUCUGCUUUCCUGCUCUACAGCAAAGAAAAAGCAUUGAGACCAAACAGGAUCUAUUGGAGGAAGGGCAUCUAUCUGAGCUGGUCUGCUGAAGCUUACUGUCUGGUGGAGGCAUUGUCUCUAGAAGACAAUCCUGCUAGCUUCAUCAAGAUCACCGUCCCCUGCUCUCUCAAAGGUUGUGUGUUGUUUGGGCAGGUGGUGGAUCACAUUGACUCUCUGCUGGAGGAAUGGUUUCCAGGCCUCCUCGUCACUGAUGUCCAUGGCAGCGGAGAGACACUGCUUAAGAAAUGGGCUCUGUACAGCUUCAGUGAUGGAAACAAAUGCCAAAAGAUGCUGCUGGAAGAUCUUCUCUCCAAAAUCAAUGCAGAUGGUUUGCUGGUGAACCCAGAGGACCCCAGCUGUACUCUGCCCAUCUCUCAGAUCUCUCCAGACCUGGUACUGUGUGACCAGCCAACCAGCACCAUACUGGAUCCAGAGCAACUGGAGAUGGAGCUCUCAAUGGAGUAUAUGUUGGGAGAUGGAGGCUUUGGCUCUGUAUAUAAAGCUGUGUACAAGAAUGAGGAAGUUGCUGUUAAGAUUUUCAAUAAACAUGCAUCUACACUUUAUGUUCAUCGGCUGGAACGACAGGAACUGGCGGUUCUUGGCAGACUGUGUCACCUCAGUCUGGUGGGGCUUUUGGCUGCCGGUUGUAACCCACACAUUCUUGUGAUGGAACUCGCCCCAUAUGGCUCUCUGGACUCGCUUUUUGAGCGUGAAAAUAGCAGUCUCAGCCGCAAACUACAGCACAGGAUAGCACUGCAUGUGGCGGAUGGUCUCAGCUAUUUGCACUCUUCUAUGAUUAUCUACCGAGAUCUGAAGCCGCACAACGUUCUGUUGUUUAACCUGAAGACGGAUGCUGAGGUCAUCGCUAAAAUCACAGACUUUGGCAUAGCGCAGUACUGCUGCAGUAUGGGCGUCCGCAGCUCAGAAGGAACACCAGGUUUUAGAGCCCCGGAGGUCGCCCGAGGUAAUGUCAUCUAUAACGUCCAGGCAGAUGUAUAUUCGUUUGGUCUGCUGCUGUAUGACCUUUUGACCUACGGCGAGCGGAUAUCUGAUGGAAUGAAGUUUCCCAGUGAGUUUGAUGAGGUGGCUGUGCAGGGUAAACUACCAGUCACGCGUUCCAACUUCACCUCAGCACCAGGCGCGAGUCAAACGAGCGUGGAAAAGCAACUGCGCUCAUACCGCAUGGACUGUUUGAGAGAAAACCCACAGGACAGGCCUACGUCUGCUCAGCUGUUUGAUCGUCUGAAUUCUGUAGAGAUGCUUUGUCUGAUGCGAGAGCUGACAUCGAUGAGUUUGCCUGGCGAGUGUUUCACUGUCUCCGGUGCCAGCGGAGGUGCAGACGGAGGUAAAAAUACCUGUGUGUGGAUUGGAGGUGGCAGUUGCAGCCAGAAAUUAGGCUGUGUGACAUCACUGGAUCUGGAGACAGGGGGAAGCUUGAGCCAGGAGAUUGACAGCAGUCCAGUCCUCUGCAUGGUGAUCAUCAGAGCUCCGGGGUCAUGCAGUGACUGGUUAGUCGCUGGUACACAGUCAGGUUCACUCUUCAUCGUGGACACAAUAAAAGCAGAGGUUCUGCACUGUCUGAAGAGUGUGAAGGACUCUGUGACAUCACUCUACUUUCACACUGACCUUCACCACAGAUACUUAAAGAAUUACCUUUUGGUCGGGACAGCAGAUGGAUCAUUGGUCAUUUAUGAAGAUUCAGCCUUGAAGGUGAAGAAUGGUGGUCCAGUGAAAACGCUGCAGGUUGGUGAUGUGAACACUCCUCUGAUGUGUCUCGGUCCGUCCAGUCACCCUCAGGAGCGCAGAGGACUGUGGGCGGCCUGUGGCAGCAGGGUGAUCUCACUCACAGUGGGAUAUGACAUCAAUAGAAGCAUAGACACCAAACCCAAACAGCUGUUCCCGCAACAUGGUCGAAUCAGCAGUGAUCCUUGUAUAUCACGGUUAGCGGUGGACAAACAUGUGUAUGUAAGUAAAAGGGGUGGCCACACUGUGGAGGUCUGGGAUAAGAAGACUGAGAGGAUGGUGAACCUCAUUGACUGCGCACAGUUACUCAGAUUAAGUUCCACCAAAAAGCCCAAAGCCCAGAGUGAGGACCAGUCUAGACAAAUGGUGCCAUCUUCGGCGAUUGUUAAAGCUCUGUUGGUCCAGCACAGUGGUACUCUGUGGAUUGGGAUGAAAGCAGGACACAUCCUGUUGGUGGAAGUCUCCAGCUGUCAGUUACUUCAGACCAUCAGCCCUCACUGCCACUCCUUACGCUGCAUGGGCUCUGUGCUGUUAGACACACUAAACCGAAACAAUGUUAUUCUAGUAUUGGGUAGACGGCAACGAAUGCCACAAGACCAAAUCAAAACGCAAGUCCCCGCUGAGGAUUCAGUUCUGACGGUGUGGAGCAGUUCACUUCCUCUGGAGGUCAGAGAUCUGAUCAGACACUGUGAGCUACGAGACAAGAUCACCAGCAAAAUGAGAGAAACACUCCACAACUGAUCAUCCUCUCUGUGUGCGCAUCACUUCCUGUCAUGUAACACAUGUAGCAUUACUGUUUAGGACUUUUUAGAAAAGGUCCAUUGUCUACUGUCAAUAGUGUAGAACGAGGCACCGCUCACACAGAACUCACUUUCAAACUAAGCAGGUUUCUGUUGGUCAACACGGCCAAUUCACACAAAUUCCAGAUUGUGCAGAUUUUGAUUGAAACGACUGGAUUUCGCAUGCGAAAUUUUGCUGAGCAGCAGUUAGUGCGACCGAUCCUUUACUGUUUUGAAAAGGGACCCAUGUGAAAAUGCAGUUAGUGUGAAAGGUUAUUUUAUAUAGUCAUGUGAAACAUUUAUUUUUGUUACAUCUCAUAUGUAGCUGUGCAUUGAUAUAUUUGGAGUAUACAGAAACUGAUAUAAUGUAGACAACCAAAACUGCAAACACCUGAGUUAGCUUUAUUAUUUUAUAGUAUUUUUUAUAAGCCACCAUUUAUCAAGAAUAUCUCUAAUACCUCUUAUGCAAAUGUAUCAUGUUUAGUUUUCACUAGAAUAUCAUAGUUACUGCUGCUGUUAGCAUCACGGGAGCACAAUGGACAAACUGCUAACGGUAACUAGCAUCACUGUCAUAAAAACAACUGAAGAUUAUGAAAUCUUCUUGCACUUUUUGAAGGGAAUUCCACGUUAAUGCUAGUAUUCAGACUGACUAAUGCAAAUAUUUCAAAUUCCAGAAUUGAUAAUGAAGUCUAUUUAUUAAAUCUCUGUGUUAAUUGUUUGGAAAUUGAAUUAUAUUAAGAGCAAUCCAUUGCUAAAUUCUGAGCAAUAAGCUUAUUAAAGUUACACUACACACAUUCUGACCUUUUAUGA